AUGGCUAGUAGUUUAGAUGAACGAAAUGAUCCAUUUGCUGAUCUUGAAUAUCGUGUAACAAAUCCAAAAUUAACUCAAGAUGUAGUUAAUCGAAAUACAGGUAUAAAUAUAAUGAGUAGACAACCAACAUCAAAAGCUGUACAACUAAAAGCAGAAAAUUAUGACUUAUGGUUUCAAAAUGAACGUCUAGCCGAAGAAAAUAAUGCAUUAGGUACUGAAUUGGGUAAAUUACAAGAUAAACAUGAUAAAUUAAUGUAUUUGGCACGUAAUCGUCUUGGUGAAAUACGUUCAAAAUAUCAAAAACUUGAACAAGAUAAUCAAACAUUAAAAACUGAAUUAGAUCGAUUAGUACGUGAAUAUGAAACAACAAAAAGACUUAUUGAAGAUUAUCGACGUAUGGAAGAACGUUUUAAAGCAGCUGACCGUGAAAUGCGCUUAAUGAUUGAAACAUUAACACGUAAUAAUGAGGAUCUAAAAGGACAAAAUCAAACAUUAAUCAAUGAACUUGAAUUAUUAAAAGAAAAGUAUUAUAUUGCUAAACAAAAUUUAGAAAAAUCGAUGCACGAUGCAACAUUACUUAAAGAAGAAUUAACGAAAGCUGUUUAUGCUCGUGAUUCACUUGAAAAAGACAGUGCUCGGUUAAGUGCAAAAGUAAAUGAAUUAACUUCUGGUAAAAAAUCAGCUGAAGAAAAAUUAGAAUUAUUAACUGGUCGAGCAAAUAAUUUACAAGUUGAUUUAAGACGCUCGGAAGCCAAUGCUGCAAUGUUACAAGAACGUUUUACUCUAAUAAGAAAUGAACGUGAUGCAUUAGAUGCUGAUAGUAAAAAUAAAUUAGCACUAUUAAUGCAAAAACUUAAAGAACUACAACUACAAAAUAAAUCUGCUAUGGAACAAUUACAUACACAAAGUAAACAAUGUGAUCAUUUGAAUAGUGAAAAUAAACAAUUACUUGAAUAUGUUAAUGGUUAUCGUAAAGAAAAUGAUCUUCUUGCUAAACAACUUGUUUCUGUUAAUACAAAACAAAAACGUUUAGCUCUUGAACUUGAAAGUUUAAAAUCAGCUGAUGCUUUCAUGAAAAAUGAAGAAGCUAUGAAAAUGCAAGAUGCUUUAGUCGGUUUAACUGAUCAAUUAACACAAUUACGUAAAAUGCAUGCUAAUACACUUUCUGAAAAUCAACGUAUUAAAGAAUUAUUAAUUGAAAAAGAUUCGGUUUUAACUAGUUUGGGUUAUGAACGUCAUCAGUUACAAGAUAAAAUGAUUAAAAAUGAACACACAAUUCGACAAAUGGAACGAAUGUUAGAUGGAAGUGCUGCAGUCAAACGCUCACCAUUAGAAAUGCGAAAAGCAACAACAACAAAUAAUGCAUUUUCAUUCGAUAAUGUGCUUGAAUCUUGA